AUGGCUAGUUUGAAUCCAGUUAAUUCAUUUGGUAAUUUUGAUAAGAACAGGAUAAUGAGGUUGGCUGAAUGUUAUACGAAUGAGUUUGAUAGUAGCAAGCUUCGGGAUCUCAUUUGUCAGCUUGAUAGUUUUAUAGUUUAUGCUCGUGGUUCUGAUAGAAGGUUCGUCAACUUGAAGGGAAUUAGUGACCUUGCUAAAUUGUUGGUUAAAUCAGAUUUGCAUCAAACUUGGCCACUUGUUUAUUUGCUUAUCAAGUUGACUCUCAUUCUUCCUGUUGCUACUCCAUCUGUGGAAUGGGCUUUCUCUUCCUUGAAGUACAUCAAAAAUGAGCUUCGUAACAGUAUCGGUGAUGAAUUUUUGAAUGGUUGUUUAGUUUGCUAUGUAAAGCGUAAGAUAUUCACAAUUCUCAUUGUGACUUGA